AUGUCCGAGGAGAAAGUGGACAGGAAGAAAAGAGUAGAGCAGAUCAUAAACUCAGAACCAAAGCAGUCGCUUUCCACAAGACAAUUUGUUGUGCUGUCAAUAUUGGCCCUAUACUUAUUCAUUGGAUUCCCAUUAUGGUUCAAGUUGACAGAGAUUUAUAGAGCUCCUUUACCUUCAAAGUUCAUAACAACGCUACAAAACAAUCAAAAUUUCGAUUUAAAGAUUCAACGUGAAGUCUUUGUGAAAAUCACAGAUGGUUUAAAAUAUCCAGAUUUGGCUGAAGCUACUCAAAUACAAAUUGACCAUGAAUUGACCAAAUACAGUCAAGACCCAGAUGAAAGAUUGAUUGUGGAUUGGAAUGUCACGAUAAGAUUUGAUGAACCAGGUCCAGAUGAUUAUGUUCUUGAACUAGAAUUGGGUGAUGGUGAAGGUAUUGCAGUUGAUCCAGCAAAAAGAGAGACAGUUUUAUUCUAUACUUUGGGAAGUGUUAAAAGCAAUGAUUUGCCAUUUUUCGUUGCACAAACACUACUUUAUCAUAUUUUCAGCUCGGAAAUUGAAUCAUUCAAAGCUAAAAAUCAACGCAAAGAUAUCAAUUCCAUUACUUACUCACCAAUGGUUCACCUUUCUUUCAAAUUGUUAACAGGAGAUGGUAGUCCAAUUAAUUGGAGAAUUGAUAAAGCUCUAGAUGAAUAUUUUCAACCUGUUAUAGGUCUAUUUCAAAGUUAUGUUAAUUUCACUAUUGAUUCUGAAAUCAAGUAUUUUACAGAACUAAACCUACCCAAUGCAACUGAUACUAUCAAAUUAAGUGACCUUUCCACAAUUGUUGAUUUUUCUGAAUGGGAUGUUUCAUCAAAUAUGUACAAUUAUCCAACCUUGAACUUUGUGCUUUAUUAUCCUUCCAAGAGUGUCUCACCAUUGAAUUUCAACUUUGACCCAUCCAAGAAUGCAUUUUUAAUUCCACAAUGGGGGUCAAUCAUCCUGCAACCUGAAGCAUUAGAACCAAACACUUUGAUUACUGAAGAUGGGUUACGCCCAGUCUUGGAAAAAUUCACAUCUGAAUUAGUUAAUCUUUUAGGUCUUCCAAAACAUCCAAAGACCCCAUUAAUCAGAGUUGAUGCUGUCAAAGUUCAUACUAUUGUCUCAAAUCUAAUAAGAGCUACUGAUUCCUUGUCUUCAUUGUUAAAAUUAUCAAAAUCAUUACCAAAUAUUUCCAUUCCGAAGACUGUUCUAGAUAAUGUUAAAAAGGCCUUAGAAGCCAGACAAAGAGCCGUGGAGAAAGUUAAUAUCGAAAGAGAUUUUGAUGGAGCAUUGCUAGAGGCCAAUAAAAUGUUGAAAUAUAGUGAAGAUGCAUUUUUUGACAGAGAAAUGGUUCAACAAAAUUUUUUCCCACAAGAACACAAAAUUGCAGUAUAUCUACCUUUAUUGGGUCCGUUAUCUAUUGUAUGUGCCCUGGGACUGAUCAGAGUCUUGAUGGAGCUCAAGAGAUUUAGAUCUAUUAAAGCAUAA